UUCGCGCGCGAGAUUUUUCAACGUUCCUUUUUUUUUCAUUACUUAUAAGUUUUCUACAAAAUUUUUUAAUUAAGGACUUAAUAAUUUAUUUACUCUAUUAUAUUAUGUAAUUGUUGAACGUUGUGCGACGUGAUUAAAAUAAUAACACUGCUUGUCUUUUUUUUCAACGUCGUUUAAAGUCAAGACGGCAUUUGCGCAUCCCCGACGAUUCUUUCCAGGUGAAAUGUCGGACGCGAUUCUGAAUGCGCGUUUUUUUAACUCGGCAGCCUUACGACGAGGAAAUCGAGGGUGAAGUCUACAGAAUACAAAAUCGCCAGAAAGCGACGAGAAAGUUGCAACUGGAUUUAAUGUCCGCGCGUAAUAUUCUGCUCAUUCGUGCGUGCUUAUGCAUCAAUUAUACAUGCACAUCUUAUAUAUGUAUAUAUAUAUAUAUAUAUAUAUAUUGAAAAAAUUUUGUUAUGCUUGUCUUGUUCAUAUUGAACAUUUAUUUUCUGUCCUUCUAUUAAAUUAAAGACUUACUUUUUACCGAGAUAAAAUUAUAUUAUUUAUUUAUUUACCUUUUAUACACAGAUUUUAAUAAACUUUGAUGCAAAUAUUAAUAAUAAUAAUAAUUUAAUUUGCAAGAUACAAGAAAUGUGUACAAUAUUACAUUGUGUUGAAUAAACAUGUACAAGGAAACAAAAAUUAUUUAUUCAUAUACCUUUUAUACACACAGAUUUUAAUCAAUUUUGAUGUAUAUUGUAAAAAAUAAUAAUUUAAUUUGCAAGAUAUAAAAUAUGUACAAUAUUACAUUGUGUAGAAUAUAAAAAAAUUACGAGGGAUCAAAGAAAUCAGUUACAUCCAUGAAAAGGGUCAUUAUACCCGCAAGAGCAUUGCACCUUUAGAUACAUUCCAGCCUGCGACCCUUCGGUCCAGGUAACUUUUUCCGUUGUCCCAUUAGUAGACGGGGUGCUCGGGAAGACGGAGAUCUUCUAGAAUAGAUAGGAAAAUCCUCUAUCUAAAUCACGCAUUAAACUACAGGCUCUAGGAGAGAGAUCGGCAGAAUAUACAAGAAGGAAUCCUUGUUCUGGAGCGAGGGAAAGGUGCUACGGAAGGGAGAGAGAGAGAGAGGUGUCAGGAAGGAAGGAGAGAAGCGCAAAUGUAUAUAAGUGUCUUCGGUUGAAGACGCUCCAAUGGACUCUCUCUUUGACCCUGGUCAAGUGCGCAUCUUUCCUUCCAUUUUUUCUUUUCUUCCCACUUCCCUUCCCAUGCAUGAUCGUGCCGUUUCGAUCCUACGUCCUUCCACUUCAACCUUCACCUUCACGCGGCGAAGAAGAGAACCGGGUUCUCGCGCCAGUUCGAUCGCGUUACGCGCUGUGAUGUUGGUACAAGGUUGAAAACUAGCGAAAAUUCAAUUUGUUUUAGAAGAAAGACGAGUGUAAUUUUAGUUUCGCGUGCAUGUGACAUGUUCCUGGUGGAGAGAUCCUCAUUUUAGGAGAGAUGGAUACUCGAAAAGCUUGCUUGGUGUUAUAUUUACUGCUGAUCUGCAUAAUCAACGCGACUGCCGUUCAAAAUGGUUGGGGCAGACCGAAUAACAUUCGACGCGUUCGCAAAAUCAGCGAAUAUCUUGUUCCACCGCCACCGCCAAGGUUUUCACCGAACCCGAGAAUCCCAAGAGUGGCGAACUAUCAGUCAACCGAGCAACCAGGAUACUUCAUGCGGUUCAUGAGUUUGUUGAAUCCAUUUAGUUCUGAUUCUUCACAACCGCCACCACCGCCAUCACUGUCUCUGCAGCCCAAAACCCCGUAUCCGCCAAAGUUUAUUCAAAAUCCCGAUCCCCUGCCAGCCGCAACAAACUACAAUGGUCCUCCCCCUAUAGAGUACGAAAAACCACCUCUUCCUCCGCCGUCCAACGAACACUCAGGAUAUCCCAUCCCUUCGAUCAAACCUAGGAGCUGUAAUUCUUGCAACAAAGUCCCCUGGAUACCGAUGCAUGGUGAAACACAUUCGGGAGAUGCCUCGUACGCAUCGUCAUCACAGUCGAUUGAAUCAUCGCCGCAUGGCGAAUAUCUGACUGAGACUCGAGACGUACCUUAUUACGACGCUUAUCAUGCUGCCUCGCAAGAAAUUAGAGUUCCAGAUUACUCCUUCAAUGCGCCAUUGCCUAGUGGUGAACCGGUACCAGAUCCGUUGCACGUAUAUCCUGGAGCAUUGCCACCGCUCUUCAACCAACAAAAUUUUAAUUAUUCCGUAGACAUCAUUCCCAACCCGUUGCCCUCAUCAAUUUCCGGAAAUGGUAUAGCUACAGGUCCUUCGAAUGAGGGAGUUGUCUCUCAACAACCAGGAUAUAUUAAUCCUAGCGGUCUUCAAUCUUCGGGGGUAUUUAAUAACGGAGGAUAUUAUGACGUAACAGGAUUGAGUGGAUCGCCAGAUGGUUCCGUUUAUAACGAAAGUCAAAUUAAUCAGGAAAUUCCCAACAGCUACGAAAAUUCCGGUUCCAAUCGAGAAUUAUAUCAUAACAAUCAGAAAAACUAUCUAUCCACCAGCGCCAACGUCGCCGAAAGCUCUCUUACACCUGUGUACGCCUCUUCCGGGAAAAUAGAAGAUUCAAUUAAAUUUGAAAGUGUCAGGACGACUACGGCACCUGAAGACAAGUAUUUCGUAACACAUCAAGACGCUUCAACGGAAUCUGAUUUUAUCACGGAUUAUUUCCAGAAAACGACUGAUACCGCGGAGGAAGAGAAUGCAACACGUGAUGAGGUUAAGGAAAUGUGGGACAGUUUAUUUUCACCACACAGAAAACCGAAGAAAAAUAAACAGUUACAGGUUAUAAUUCCCUAUACAUCUCAGCAUACACCUCUUCCGUUUCAAUCGCCCAGCGAGAUUUCUAACACGAAUGAAUCCAAUCAUGACAAUUAUAUUGGUGAAGCAUCAAACAUCAGAGCCGAAGUGGUCAGUCCUCCGAACUCGUCGCACAUCCAAUUUCAGCCGACUACUUUAUCGAUGCUUGAAGAUACCACCAGGAAACCAUUUAAUAAUAAAAAGAACAAUGUCAUAGACCGAUUUAAAUUGCAAAAGAAUAUCGACAACUGGACGAUACAGGAAUAUUCAAAGGGCACAACCGUUAGUACAAUAGCGCCUAGUUCAGAUAAAUACUUUUUUCCAUCAAAACAAAUACCUAAUGAAUACUUGACCACUACCGAUGGUCCUGUUAAUCGUGUAGCUAAUUCUAAUUACGAUAAUGUUAAGACAUAUACUUUGGGCGGAUUCAGCUUCAUUGAUCAAGAGUAUAAAGCUUUGGCCAGCAACCACAUGGGAAGACCACAAAUAGAAAUUAAAAAACCUGAAAAACUCUCGACUAAAAGCCCUACCGAUGCUGCCACUGCAUCUACGGAUAACAUGUGGCAAAGCUUUCCCGUCGGAAUUUCUUCGGUGAAUAGAGAACGCGUUUAUAUAGUGACGCCGCAGCCACAUAUUACUACUCCUAGAUCGAAUCCUGAAUACAGAAAAGAGAAAGUGUUGAAGGAGGCAGAAAGAGACAGGAAGGAAUCAAAGGAAACUUCGCAAACGGACACGAAGAAAACGGAGAAGUCCGAUAAAUUCGAGUCGAUCGAGAAAGCCUAUCAAGUGCUGCCUCAGGCUGUGAACAAUUUGGCUGUGGCUUCCACAGGCCCGGAGAACGUUCCUUUGUGGGGCAUCAUGGAGCACGAGGAGUUUGCGUCGACUGUUGACAGUGAAUACGAUAACAACGACACUGAACCUCCUACGCUAUAUUCUAAAUCCUCAAAGGAGUCACGUGCCAGACGAUGACGCAUCAAGUGUGGAAAAUGCUCAAGACAAUUUUGUAUGCAUGUGUAGACGAGUUUGAUAGCGUGUUUUCGUGAAACAAUGUGAGCGACUGUGAAUAGUUAUGUUAAAAUAGUAGCCUUUGACCUCAUUCCCAAACAAACUUUUUAACUUAAUAAUAUUUAAUACGAACGGGUGAACUGUUUUGACUCUACGUAUGUGCGUAAGUGAUUAUCGUGGCCAGUGCACCGGAUAAAUGUAUUUUAUAAUCCGGAUAUACGUACUUUUAUAAGUGUAAUUGUAAGUCUUUUUUAUAUAGUAUUUAAUAAGUUUAAAAAAAGCAUAGAAAACUAAAUAUAAUAUAAUAUAUAUUUGCAACAUGAUGCAUGUUGUCAUGAGUUGUAAAAUUGUCGAUUAAAACUAUUAUAAAUAAUGUUAAGUAAAAAAUAUAAAUCUUUAGAUACG